GAAAGAAAAUGAGACUCUCUCUCUCUCUCUCUGAUAAAUUCUCUCUCUCCGUAAAAUGGCGGAAAAUUUAGUAAUUUUUUAAUUUUUUAUCAUGGUAGUUUUGUUUUUUAAAAUAAUAUCAAAAAACAUACAAAAAAAAGUUGCAAAUUAAAAAUAAAAACACAAUUUUUUGUUUGUUUUAAUUAACUUUGGAAAUAAUAUAUAGGGAUACUUGAUAAUUUUUUUUUUUUUCAUCUACGCUCUGUCUAUGCAGAAAAAAAACCGUGAACCUAGACAAUUUUAAUUUGUUGAUAUUUGUAUUUAAUAAUUUUUUUUUCACAUAAUCACAUCUGGAUUUUUACCCGGUUAAUGUUUAUCAAUGUUUAUGUCAAAUACUCUAUUUUUUUUAAAAAAUACAUUUUUGUAUAUUAAAUUAUAAAUAAAAUAUUAAAAUACAUAUUAAAAAAAAAAACAUUAUUUUAAUCAAAAAAAAAUAAAAUAGGUAAAACUUGUAUUUUUUAAAUAUCUAUAUUUUUUUUUGGAGGUUAAAGUUGAAUGGUUUAAAAAAAAAAAACAACAAUUAAUAUAUUCUAUUAAAGAGUUCAUAAUUGUAAAUAAAUCACAAUGACUUCAAUUAUAAAAUUACAUGCUAUAUCUGGAGCAUUAGAUGAAUCUCCACCUUGUUAUAUUCUACAAAUUGAUGAACUACGAAUACUUCUUGAUUGUGGAUGGGAUGAAAAUUUUAAUCAAGAUUUUAUAAAAGAAUUAAAAAGACAUGUACAUCAAAUUGAUGCAGUACUAUUGUCAUAUCCAGAUCCAUUGCAUUUAGGUGCAUUGCCAUAUUUAGUUGGUAAAUGUGGUUUAUCAUGUCCAAUAUAUGCAACAAUACCAGUAUAUAAAAUGGGACAAAUGUUUGAAUAUGACAUGUAUUUAUCAAGACAUAAUAUGGAAGAUUUUGAUUUAUUUACACUUGAUGAUGUUGAUGCUGCAUUUGAAAAAAUAAUACAAUUAAAAUAUAAUCAAAGUGUAUCAUUAAAAGGUAAAGGACAUGGUGUUACAAUAACACCAUUACCAGCUGGUCAUAUGAUUGGUGGUACAAUGUGGAAAAUAGUUAAAGUUGGUGAAGAAGAUAUAAUAUAUGCUGUUGAUUUUAAUCAUAAAAAAGAACGUCAUUUAAAUGGUUGUGAAAUGGAUAAUCGUAUGCAAAGACCAUCAUUAUUAAUAACAGAUGCAUUUAAUGCAACAUAUCAACAAGCAAGAAGAAGAACACGUGAUGAAAAAUUAAUGACAAAUAUAUUACAAACAUUACGUGGUGGUGGUAAUGUACUUGUUUGUGUUGAUACUGCUGGUAGAGUACUUGAGCUAGCUCAUAUGUUAGAUCAAUUAUGGCGUAAUAAAGAAUCUGGUUUAUUAGCAUAUUCAUUAGCAUUAUUAAAUAAUGUUAGUUAUAAUGUUGUUGAAUUUGCAAAAUCACAAAUUGAAUGGAUGAGUGAUAAAUUAAUGAGAAGUUUUGAGGGUGCACGUAAUAAUCCAUUUCAAUUUAAACAUUUACAAUUAUGUCAUAAAAUGAGUGAUUUAAAUAAAGUAACAUCACCAAAAGUUGUAUUAACAAGUACACCAGAUAUGGAAUGUGGUUUUUCACGUGAUUUAUUUCUUCAAUGGUGUACAAAUCCAAUACAUAGUAUUAUAAUAACAAGUAGAACAUCACCAGGUACAUUAGCUAGAGAUUUAGUUGAUAAUGGUGGUAAUAGAAAUAUAACAUUAGAAAUUAAAAGACGUGUUAAACUUGAUGGUAGUGAACUUGAAGAAUAUCAAAAAAAAGAACGUAUUAAACAAGAACAAAUAAAACAAGAAAAAAUGGAAACAGCUGAUAUUAGUUCUGAAUCAGAAGAUGAAAUUGAAGUUGGUGGUGGACGUGGUAAACAUGAUUUAUUAGUUAAACAAGAAACAAAACCAGGUUUUUUUAAACAAAAUAAAAAACAACAUCCAAUGUUUCCAUUUGUUGAAGAAAAAAUUAAAAUUGAUGAAUAUGGUGAAAUAAUUAGACCAGAAGAUUAUAAAAUAGCUGAUACAAUACAAGAAAUUGAUGAUAAUAAAGAAAAUUUAGAUAUACAAAUUGAUGAACAAACAAUACAACCAGAAAUAUCAUCUGAUAUACCAACAAAAUGUAUUAAAAUAACACGUACUGUUAAUGUUAAAGCAUCAAUAACAUAUAUUGAUUUUGAGGGUAGAUCUGAUGGUGAAUCAUUACAAAAAAUAUUACAACAAUUAAAACCACGAAGAGUUGUAUUUGUACGUGGUUCAAAAAAAAAUUGUGAUUUACUUGCACAACAUACACAAUCAAGUGAAACAAAAGUAUUUAUACCAACAAGAGGUGAAACACUUGAUGUUACAACUGAAACACAUAUUUAUCAAGUACGUUUAACAGAUGCACUUGUUUCUGGUUUAAAAUUUUCAAAAGGUAAAGGUGAUUCAGAAGUUGCAUGGAUUGAUGCUAUGAUAACAGCACGUGAACAUGGACAUAAAGAUAUUAUUACUGAUACAAAUAAUACAGAUGAUGAUAAUGAAAAAAUAUUAACACUUGAACCAGUACCAAUUAAUGAAAUUCCAGGACAUCCAACUAUAUUAAUAAAUGAAUUAAAAAUUGGUGAUUUUAAACAAAUUCUAACAAAAAAUAAUAUACAAUGUGAAGUUAAAGAUGGUAUUAUUUGGUGUUGUAACAAUACAAUUGUCAUUAGAAGACUUGAAGCUGGUAAAUAUGUUGUUGAUGGAUGUCUCAGUGAAGAAUACUACAAAGUACGUGAAUUAUUGUAUGAACAAUAUGCAAUUAUUUAAAUAUGUGUAUUAUAUUAUUAAGAUUAAAAUGAAAAUAAAUCUUAAUAACAACAAAAAAAACAUUUAAAUUUUUAUGUUGAUAAUAUUAUGUAUUGUAAAAAAAAAUUUCUUUAAAAUUUAAUUUAUAUUUAAUAAAAAUAAAAAUAUUUCUACUUAUGUA